UAUUAUAUAGGUGUAUAAUAAUAGUUGUUUUAUUAAAUACAAAAUAUUAAUAAUUACCUACCUAUUAACUGUUAUUACUAAUCACAAAAUCAAUAACUUUAUAAUCUCUGUGUCCUGCUAUAAGUCAUAUUAUGUACUAUGUACAAUGUAGUAUGUGUGGGCACCCGCACCCAGCACACUGCACAGUUCCAGUGCACAAUUCCAGAGUACGUUGCAAUUUGCAUAGAGGUGUGUAGUUCAUGAACUAUUUGAUUCAAAGAGUUGAAUAUCAAAGAUGAGCUGAAUGAGUUAAAUCAGAGUGAGCCAAAUCGGCAACUCACAUGACUUUGACUAGUGUUCCACAGUUAAUUUCAAAUAAUUCAGAAUUGACACAAAUUAAUUUACAAUUCUACGAAAAAUGACUUAUGCAUAUUGUAUCUUAUAGUAUAAUGAUAUUCAUAUGAAACUUUGCGAGAGCUAUGAUUUAAUAUGAUUUAGUGCCUCGGUGGAACUAUAUACUAUAUAGCCAUAAUUAUAGGUAUAUAUAGGUAUAUUAUAGGUAAUUGAGAAUCGUUAAAAGAAUUGAGAAUUGAGAUUAGUAAUUCAACUCAUUCAAGUGAAGUGAAGGUGAACCGAGUUGAUUGAUUAGGUAGACUACAAGUUCCGCUGAAAGCGCUAGCAGUCACGAGGUUUUUGAUAAGAACAUUGCACGGUCAAAAAAUUUUCAUCGUCGUGCAACCAUAGUAUCUAUAGCCGUGCUUUUGCAUACACUCUCGACUUAACUACUCGAGAGCCUUAAUAUUAUGUAAGAAUUAGAUCAUAUCUCCAUCGUGCUCUCAACACUCAACAACUCUCAACAAAGCGUUGAAAAUGAGAAAUGGAGAAAAAAUAAUAGAUCGUCUAGAAUUUAUUGAAGAUACAAAAGGAAAUAGUGGUGAUAAAGGAGUACUUGUUAUUACAAAUUUGAGAGCAAUCUGGCAUUCGAUGACUUUAGCCAGAAUAAGCUUAUCUAUUGGCUACAAUUGUAUACAGGAUAUUUCUACAAGAAUAGUGAACUCGAGAUUAAAAGGAAUAACAGAAGCAAUUUAUAUUCAAGCUAAAUACAAUGGAUUGAGGUACGAAUUUGUUUUCACAAAUUUGAUACCUGGUAAUACAAGGCAUUUUACAUCAUUUAUAGGAGUUUUCAAAGCUUAUAAUUCUAGUAGACUUUACCGAGAAUUAAAACUUAGGGGAGCAAUAUUAAAGAAUGGGCGUUUAAGGCUAUUGAUGUUCGAAAAAAUGUAUUCAGCUGUUAAUGGCGUAUGGAAUUUAUCUAGUGAACAAGGAAACUUGGGAACAUUUAUGAUAACAAAUAUUCGAUUAGUGUGGUAUGCUGAAAGUAAUGAGACAUUCAAUAUAUCGCUUCCAUACAUUCAUAUAAAUUCAAUAAAAAUUAGGGAAUCCAAAUUUGGUGAAGUGUUAGUGAUAGAAACAAAUGGUUACAGUGGAGGCUUUACACUUGGAUUUCGAAUAGAUCCCAAGGACCGAUUACGAUCAGUUACUAAAGAACUAUCAUCAUUGUUUCGCAUUCAUGCUCAAGCGCCAGAAUUUGGAGUACAUUUUGUUACUACCGAACAGGUAGAAAAUAAUGAACCCAUAACACUACAAACACUCCCAAACUAUGAUGAGUUUGAAGACGAGAAUACAAUAGGUGUUUCAAGUACUUUAGCUGCAUAUAGUGUAAGUAAGACAGGUAAAGAAGAUGGACUACCACAGUAUGAUUCUUCAUUAGGUUUAGCCAUUGAAACAUUGCCAGAUGGUUAUACAAUGACAUCUUUAUGGGAAGUUAUACCAAGUACCAAUAAUAAAUAACACAUAACUAUUAAAAAUGUCUUAUAUUUUAAGUGAACAAAUUACAGUAGCUUUUAGUAUUUAGCUUUAGCAUACCAAUCUGUAUGAAAUAUAACGUCCAGCAGUUUCAGAAUUUCUUACAAUUUUUACUACC